GUCACCAUGAUUAUGUCUCUAUAACUUUAUUUCUCAGUACAGACUACAAACUACAGACAGUAACACAACGAGCGACCCGACGAUAAGAGCAGCGUCCAGCUCCAUCCAUGGCUCCACUGCUUACGCAAUCAGUGUCGUCACACCCUUCUCUUUCUCGCCAUUGCUCCUGCCAUGCCCUUCGCCACAAGGCCUCCAGGCCCGUCUUCAAGGCCUCUUGGCAAGAGUUGACUGGAGUUCUCGUCUUCUCCGCGAUCCCUUUCACGGCGGUGAAAGCCAUCGCCAAUAGCUCUCUUGGGGAGAAGCUCCGUAAGAGGCUGGAGGAAACCAAGAGGGAGGCUGUGGACGGAUCCUCUAGGUUCAGAGCACAGGCUCAGCGGGCAAGAGAGGAUAGUUUUUGGUAUGGAGCAGAGCGUCCUCGCUGGCUUGGUCCAAUACCCUUUGAGUACCCUUCUUAUCUUACAGGAGAAUAUCCCGGUGAUUAUGGCUUUGAUAUUGCUGGCCUCGGAAGAGAUUCUGCUAGUUUCCAGAAAUAUUUUAACUUUGAGAUACUGCAUGCUCGUUGGGCCAUGCUAGCAGCUCUUGGUGUUGUGAUUCCUGAAUUGUUAGACAUGCAAGGGCUUGUGCAUUUUGUGGAGCCUGUGUGGUGGAAAGUGGGGUAUGCAAAGCUUCAGGGUGAUACCCUUGAUUAUCUUGGAAUUCCAGGAUUUCAUAUAGCUGGAAGUCAAGGAAUAAUUGUUAUAGCUAUAUGCCAAGUUCUUCUAAUGGUUGGGCCUGAGUAUGCUAGAUACUGCGGAAUAGAGGCAUUAGAACCAUUGGGUAUUUAUCUACCUGGAGACAUAAAUUAUCCAGGAGGUUUUCUUUUUGAUCCUCUGGGGCUUUCUAAAGACCCGGUUAGUUUUGAAGAUUUGAAGGUAAAAGAGAUAAAAAAUGGUCGUUUGGCAAUGGUUGCUUGGUUAGGCUUUUAUCUUCAAGCCGCUCUGACUGGGAAAGGUCCUAUACAAAACCUUCUUGACCACAUAUCAGAUCCUCUUCACAAUAAUAUUCUUUCCUACCUCUAGUCAAUUUUGAAUUAUUUACUGGAUUGAGAUAGCUCACCUCUCUCCUUGUAAGUAGUGUCCUCAGCUCCUCCCAAGAAAGACAUGAAGAGAAGCUCACCUAUAUUUGGUUAAAGAGCUUAAUUAGAUUAUGUGGGGUGGGAAGGAUGUUAAAUACCAUAUGGGCUCUGUUCAUAUCACGCUUUCAUAUAGUACAUAUUCAAUAUUGUUUUGUGUUCUGUUAUCUUUUGCAGUUCUUGCUGGCAUGUACAUAAGGCAGGCAUACAGCUCAAUGUUUCACUGUGUCAUGUAAAUGUAAACUAGGCUGGUUUUUUUUUUUUUGCUGGCCCCCUUUGCGUCAACUGCAAAGCAGAUGGAGGUGGUGCAAUCGAUUGUUAUUGAUAGUGGGACUUCCAAAAUCCAAAGUUCAGAGUAAGAUCCUAUUCAUUCAUGUCAA